AUGGAGAACGAACGCGGCGAGCUCGUUGACCUUUACGUCCCCCGCAAAUGCUCCGCUACCGGACGCAUCAUCAAGGCCAAGGACCACGCUUCCGUCCAGAUCAGCGUCGCCAAGGUCGAUGAGAACGGUCGCUACACCGGCGAGAACCAGGUCUACGCCCUCUCUGGCUUCGUCCGCGCCAUGGGCGAGUCCGACGACAGCCUGAACAGGCUCACACAGCGCGACGGCUUCCUCAAGAGCGUCUGGUCUGCGUCGAGGUAA